UAUUAACCUUACUUGUGUAUAACCUCAAUAAUGUAGACAAAAUACAAUGUUCAAUGGAAGCACAUUCAUGGGUGCACCACACGUUCAAUGUUCAAUCUAUUUUACUAAUUUUCGGAAGUAGUUAUAAAGUAUUAGUCAAUCAAUUUGAAGUGAUAAAACGAAACAAAACAAUAAGGGAAAUCAACAAAAUUAUUACUUUUUGUAAUUUACAAAACACUUUUCAUCAUAAUGGUUAAACAUAGUCAUGAAGGAAGAUAAAAUGCCUGAUACUUCUAAUGAAAAAUUAAUUCAUGACAGAGAAUGUUUAGAUGCUAUACAAUGGAAUGUAGAUAGACAUCAUGGUUGGUAUACUGAAACAUGUCCUACUGAUGAACAUCUAAACGACUGGAAAAAGCGUCCAUGUGAUUAUAUCGUGCGAACAAGUUAUGUAGCAAAUAACACAACAAACUUAUCCAAUGAAUCAGUCCAAGACGCUACUCCCAACACUCCAAUAAGUACAAAUGAUACUAAUACAUCUAAAAAGUAUAAAAUAUUUCCAUCACUGAGUUUAUUAAAUCCAAAAGUGCCAAAAUUAUGCAAAUCAGGAAAAUUUCGAGUAAAUCUUAUCUUACGCUUACGUAGUAUAUGGUCACGUUCACGAUCUCAAUCGCAUCGAAAAAAAUCAAAACAAAAUACAAACAAUCAGCAUCACCAUCAUCAUCACAGUCAUCACCAUCACCAACACCAACACCACAACAGUCAUCAUUUGAAUCAUCAACAUCCCUAUCCUACUCACCAGCAUUACAAUAACAAACCAUUUGACAAACAGAGUUCAUGUGAUUCCCUGAGAUCAAAAAAUACAUCUCCGCAUAUUGACAACACUAACAACAAUCCCCCUGCAAAUGAUACAAGAGUAGUUGAACUUAAGAAAGACAAAUCUAUACCACAUGUAAAAUUCAAAAUUUCAGAUAAUUGUCAGACAUUGGUAUCAAGACAUUGUCAUUCCGACUAUUGUUUACUACGAUCGAAUCAUAUCCGCAAAUGUCCUCAUAUUUACUAUGAUUUCCCUUAUGAUCGCCAUCAUCAUCAUCAUCAACAUCAAAAUCAGCCCGAAUCGGACGUAUUCAGUAGUGAACAAACCAGUAUAAACAGAAUAUCCGACGACCUACAUCAUCUAAACUUUUGUUCAUCCAAUCAUCGCUCCUUAUCUACUGGGAAUAUAUGUUGUCUUUAUUCACUAAGAUGUGUACCAUCAGUUGAGUGUAUAGCAUCACCCAUAUCAUCAUCUUGUUUUCCAGGACUCCAUCAACAGCACAAAGACGACUUCACAGAAAACAAAGACUCCAAUACAAUAAUCACUUCAAUUAUGGUGAAUAAAAGAAAGCCUACAAAGUUAAUUUCACCAUUUGAAAAACUGAAAUACCAUCCAUGCUAUCGAGAUAAUGACAAAAAUCUAGGCAAAUGGGUUCAACAAAUGUUAGCACACAGUUCUGAGGACAGCUCGGAGGACAACACUGACAACACUAGUAAUGAUGAAGUUAUGCAUAUUGGUAGUAGUACUGGUGGUAAUAGUAGUAAUAGUAGUAGUAAUUUUCAGCCUAGAAGACAUUCUGACACUUUAAAACAUGUACACUUUGCUGAUGAAUCAACCUGUUCAUCAUCAAUGACCACAUUGAAUUCUUUGUCAAGAUCAUCAUCACUUUCCUCAUUGAAUUUUACGAAUACUUUACUUUCACAACCGUGUUGUCCAGUUGUUUCUUGUCAUUGUCAUCAUGUUGGAGAUAAAACAAUUCAGGAUAAAUGCUUAUCAGGAACAUCAAUUUCCAAAGAGGUUUUAUUUAAUCGUAAUCUUAAGCGUAAACGUGGAACAAAACGAAAUCUAGCAAAUUAUGAUAAUGUCUUUGAAGAAAAUCUCAGUAAACAUAAUGACAUGCUGGAUGAACGACAAUUGACAAAGCAUAAUGAUAGAGAAACACCUUUAGUAACAGUGAAUCUAUUCCGUGAUACCUCAGAACCACCUGAAGUACCUCCAUAUGUCUUCGACCAUCUGAAUACAGGAAAGGUGAGUUAA